AUGUCCUUCCCGCCGCCGCUCAUCCCAAAAUCGCUCCCCCCCAACGCCAAAAUCGCCCUCGUCUCUCCCUCUGCCCGCGUAAACAACCUCGUCCCAGACGCCCUCGCCCGCUCCCAAACCCUCCUCCAAAACCUGGGCUACACCGUCACCACACUCUUCACCCCAACCUCAGAAGACCUCGACCCGGUAACCUCGCAAGGUGAGCCCAUCCCCGCAGGCAUCCGCAACCGCCUCGCCGAGCUCCGCGCCGCCUUCGCCGACCCGUCCGUCGACAUGGUCCUCUGUACUGUCGGCGGCGCCACCGCGACGGAACUCAUCCCCUACCUCGUCGAGGACGAGAUACUCCAGCGGCUCAUCAGAGAGAAUCCCAAGAUUUUCGUGGGCUACUCUGACAUCACCGUCCUCCACUGGUGCCUCCGCGCCCUGACGGGUCUCCGCACCUUCUACGGCCCCUGCGCCGUUGCGAACCUAGGCGAGGCCGUCACCUCCACGCCCUCGUCAGUCUCGUCCUUUGAUUUCUCCCAGGAGCCAAGGGAAAUCAAGCAGCAAGACGACGGAUACCUCCAAGACUUCCAACUCGCCCACCUCCUACGAACCCUAACCACCCCAAACAAGCCCCCGGGCCCCUUCCCCCGCUCAACCUUCUACGCGCCCGUCAUUCCCCCCUACUUCCUGGGCCCCUCCACCCGCACAUCCACCACUCCGCGCACCCUCCUCCCCUCCCCGGCCUGGACCUGGCUCCGAAAAGGCCGCCGCGCAGAGGGCCCCCUCUUCGGCGGCUGCCUCACCGUUGUGGCCCGCAUCCAGGGCAUUCCGCGCAUAUCUCCCGAUUGGAAGGGGAAAAUCAUGUUCCUCGAGUCCGCGACAGCGGAGGCAGACAUGACAAAGGGAAAUCCGCUCGGUAGGGUGCGGCAGGCCUUUGCGGACCUGGCGGCGCGCGGGUUGUUUGAGGAGAUCGCCGGCUUAGUGGUCGGCCGGCCGUACGGGUACAACACGGAGCGGGAGAGGGCCGAGUACGCGGCCACGAUACAGGGCCUGCUGUGCAAGGGACGCUUGGAGAAUACCACGUUUCCGAUCUUGAUGAAUGUUGACGUCGGACAUACUGCGCCCCUCGUGACGCUAUCGAUGGACGCGUUGGCCGUAUUGGACUCGGAAAAGGAUGAGUUUUCCAUCACGCAGGCUGUGGUGAUCUAG